AUGCCCACGCCGCUGACGAGCCGGUCUGCUGCUGUUGCUAUUGCUGCUGCUGCUGCUGCGGCUGCGGCUGCGGCUGCGGGCGCUGGCGACGCCCGGCCGAUGGGAAGUGGUGUUGUGCAGUAUUGGAUCGACGCGUCCAAGGUUGGCUCUCUGUGGUGGAUCGCAAUUGGAAAGUACGCCAAGCGCAUCUUAGCGCGGCUCAGCGUCCGAUUUCCGAUGGAAAUGGAUCCAGACCUCAGAAGACCUCGCGACGCGUGA